GUUUAUGGGGCUUUGUAACCAUAAGCAGCCAGUAUUAGGUUUUGUUGUUUGGUUUAAUUAAGCCAUGGAUCAAGGGUGGAAAAGGUUACCCUUGUUAGUAGUCUUCCUGCUGUUUUGGAAGAAUGCUCCUGGUUAUGCAUAUUCAACUUAUCGAAAUGCUGGCCAAUGGUGGGGUCAGCCAUCUGACAACGCUUUCUUGCCUCUUGCAGUCCAGUCUUCUGUGCCAGAAGCCCCUGUGAUGGGGGUUUUGCUUGAAGAAGUGGUCUCUAGUUUGCCAAAAAACACACCCAAGUUUAAUCUACUUCAGGUUGUUAAAGGUGAUGUUUCCAGCAGUUCUGACUCAACAUCCCAAGCUCUACCUCCAAAUACCCCCUCUUCAGCUUCUCUGCCUGUGGAUCAAUCUGGUAUUGGUGGUUUAGUGUCACUUCAGGGUUUGUCUGGAUCCACCACAAGUGGUUCUGGACCAAUUGUUUUUGCACAAGGGGUAAGUGGCAGCUUCCCUUCCAAGACUGGAGUUCCUAGCCAGUCCACUAAUGACCAGAGCUCCCCGAGUCUGUCUAGUUCAGUUUCUCAAGGUGCCACCUAUGGCGUAAUUACCCAGGCUCAAGGUACAAGUCAGUUUGUUCCAGGGUCUUCAUCCCCAUAUGCAACCAUAUCAUCGCCCAAAUAUGUUACUAGUCGGUUGAUGACUGGACCAAGCACAAAGCAGUUUACCUCCGUCUAUGGCACCCCGACGGGAUCCUCUGCUCCUUUCAUUUUGCAAGAACUACUGCAGGGUCAAGAUUCAACAAGCCAGGUUGUUUCGGUUCCUUCAACCCCAUAUGUAGCUGUAUCAUUGCCCCAAAGUGUUACUAGUCAGCUGACCCCUGUGCCAAGUUCAAAGCAGGUCACCUCUGUCUAUACCACCCAGACAGGAUCCUCUGCCCCUUUCACUCUGCAAGGACUACUCCAGGGUCAAGAUUCAACAAGCCAGGUGGUUUCAGUACCUUCAACCCCAUACGUAUCUGUAUCUUUGCCCCAAGUUGUCACUAGUCAAUUGACCCCUGUGCCAAGUUCAAAGCAGGUCACCUCUGUCUAUACCACCCAGACAGGAUCCUCUGCCCCUUUCACUCUGCAAGGACUACUCCAGGGUAAAGGUUCAACAAGCCAGGUGGUUUCAGUACCUUCACCCCCAUCUGUAUCUUUGCCCCAAGUUGUCACUAGUCAAUUGACCCCUGUGCCAAGUUCAAAGCAGGUCACCUCUUUUUAUACCACCCAAACAGGAUCUUCUGCCCCUUUCACUUUGCAAGAACUACUGCAGGGUCAAGAUUCAACAAGCCAGGUUGUUUCGGGAUCUUCAACCCCAUAUGUAUCUGUAACAUUGCCCCAAGUUGUUACUAGUCAAUUGACCCCUGUGCCAAGUUCAAAGCAGGUCACCUCUGUCUAUACCACCCAGACAGGAUCCUCUGCCCCUUUCACUCUGCAAGGACUACUCCAGGGUAAAGGUUCAACAAGCCAGGUGGUUUCAGUACCUUCAACCCCAUACGUAUCUGUAUCAUUGCCCCAAGUUGUUACUAGUCAGUCAGCUGUGCCAAGUUCAAAGCAGGUCACCUCUGUUUAUACCACCCAGACAGGAUCCUCUGCCCCUUUCACUUUGCAAGAACUACUCCAGGGUCAAGAUUCAACAAGCCAGGUUGUUUCAGUACCUUCAACCCCAUACGUAUCUGUAUCUUUGCCCCAAGUUGUUACUAGUCAAUUGACCCCUGUGCCAAGUUCAAAGCAGGUCACCUCUUUUUAUACCACCCAGACAGGAUCUUCUGUCCCUUUCACUUUGCAAGAACUACUCCAGGGUCAAGAUUCAACAAGCCAGGUUGUUUCGGGAUCUUCAACCCCAUACGUAUCUGUAUCAUUGCCCCAAGUUGUUACUAGUCAGUCAGCUGUGCCAAGUUCAAAGCAGGUCACCUCUGUUUAUACGACCCAGACAGGAUCCUCUGCCCCUUUCACUUUGCAAGAACUACUCCAGGGUCAAGAUUCAACAAGCCAGGUUGUUUCAGUACCUUCAACCCCAUACGUAUCUGUAUCCCUGCCCCAAGUUGUUACUAGUCAGUCAGCUGUGCCGAGUUCAAAGAAGAUUACUGCGGUCUAUGACUCUCAGACAGGUUCCUCUGCUCCUUACACUUUGCAAGGAAGCACCACAUAUGGUGGACUAAUCCAGGCUCAAAAUGCCAAAGAUUCGUCUUCUACAGGAUCUUCAUCCUCUGUCCUCCAGACCUCAACUGGUGACCUUUUUCAUCCUUCAAGCAGCUUUUCUACCCUAAGACGUUACUACUCUGUCAAGGGUUAGGAAACCGUUAAACUGCCAUAUGAUGCAAUGUUCCUAAACUGAUUUCCAAUAAAAUUUUGAAGUAAA